UUGGACCUUAGUGCCGCUGCCCUGGCUUCCUGGGGCAGCUUCAUUGGAUGGAAAGCUUUGAUUGCUGUCAGCUUAUAGCAUGAAGUCAUAUUUGUGACCAUUACUAUGUGGUGAAGAGCCUGCAUUUUCCCCUGUGUGGUAUAUAGUGCCUUAAAAAAUGGGGUUUGGAGGUGACCUGAAGUAUUCUCAUGAUGCUUUAUUAAAACUGCAAGACUGGGAACUACGACUGCUGGAAACAGUGAAGAAAUUUAUGGUAAUGAGAGUAAAAAGUGAUAAAGAAUAUGCAUCCACUUUACAGAAUCUUUGUAACCAAGUAGAUAAAGAGAGCGCUUGUCAAUUGGAUUAUAUCAGCAAUGUGUCCAAGUCUUGGCUGCUUGUGGUACAGCAAACAGAACAGCUGAGCAAAAUAAUGAAGACACAUGCAGAGGAUCUUAAUUCUGGGCCCUUGCACAGACUUACAAUGAUGAUCAAAGAUAAGCAGCAAGUUAAGAAGAGUUUUGUAGGUGUUCAUCAACAAAUUGAAGCAGAGAUGUACAAGGUCACAAAGACAGAACUAGAGAAACUUAAAUCUAGCUACAGGCAACUAAUAAAAGAAGUAAAUUCUGCCAAAGAAAAAUAUAAAGAAGCUGUGGCAAAAGGAAAGGAGACUGAGAAGGCCAAAGAUCGGUGUGAAAAAGCCACUAUGAAACUUCAUAUGUUGCAUAACCAGUAUGUGUUGGCACUGAAAGGAGCACAAUUACAUCAGCACCAAUAUUAUGAUACUACACUUCCUCUGUUACUUGAUUCACUACAGAAGAUGCAAGAAGAAAUGAUUAAAGCCCUAAAAGGGAUCUUGGAUGAGUAUAGUGAGAUCACCAGCCUUGUAACAGAAGAGAUUGUGAAUGUUCAUAAAGAGAUCCAGACCUCGGUGGAACAGAUAGACCCUAACUCUGAGUAUAAUGACUUCAUAGAUACUCACAGGUCAUCGGAAGUUGUUGAACAAGAAAUAGAAUUUGAUACGUCUUUACUAGAAGAAAAUGAAAACCUUCAAGCUAAUGAGAUCAUGUGGAAUAAUUUAACAGCAGAAAGUUUGCAAGUCAUGUUAAAGACAGUAAUAGAAGAACUGGUGCAGACACAGCAAACCCUUUUGAGCAAAGAGGAACUUGUUUUGGAACUAGAGAAAAAAAUAGAAGAGUCAUCUAAGACAUGUGAAAAGAAAUCUGAUAUUGUGCUCUUGCUGAGCCAAAAGCAAGCACUUGAAGAACUUAAGCAAACAGUCCAGCAACUAAGAUGUUCUGAGGCAAAAUUUGCAGCCCAGAAAGAACUACUGGAGCAAAAGGUUCAAGAGAAUGAUGGGAAAGAGCCACCACCUGUAGUGAAUUACGAAGAAGAUGCCAGAUCAGUGACUUCUAUGGACAAAAAGGAUAAAGUCUCAAGAUUUGACACUAUACGUCAUUCCAUAGCUGGAAUCAUAAGGUCUCCAAAGUCCAUGUUGGGUUCAUCAUCAUUCUUUGAUGUAAUCUCAACCACUGAGAAACCAUUGGCUGAGCAAGACUGGUAUCAUGGUGCAAUUCCAAGAAUAGAAGCCCAGGAGCUGUUAAAACAGCAAGGAGACUUCUUGGUGCGAGAGAGCCACGGGAAACCUGGUGAAUAUGUCCUUUCUGUGUUUUCAGAUGGACAACGGAGACACUUUAUCAUACAAUAUGCUGAUAAUCAAUAUCGUUUUGAAGGAACUGGGUUUCCAACUAUUCCUCAGCUCAUAGAACACCAUUACACCACAAAGCAGGUUAUUACAAAGAAGUCAGGGGUUGUUCUGCUUAAUCCCGUUGUAAAGGAUAAGAAAUGGGUUCUCAAUCAUGAAGAUGUCACACUGGGGGAAUUACUGGGCAAGGGUAAUUUUGGUGAGGUGUAUAAAGGAACAUUAAAGGAUAAAACUCCUGUUGCUGUAAAAACUUGCAAAGAAGACCUUCCUCAGGAACUGAAAAUAAAAUUUCUGUCAGAAGCCAGAAUACUCAAACAAUAUGAUCAUCCUAAUAUUGUAAAACUUAUAGGAGUUUGCACUCAACGACAGCCUAUAUAUAUUGUUAUGGAACUUGUUCCAGGAGGUGAUUUCCUGUCAUUCCUAAGAAAAAAGAAGGAUGAGCUGAAAACCAAACAGUUGGUGAAAUUUUCAUUAGAUGCUGCCUCUGGUAUGGCAUAUCUUGAAUCUAAAAAUUGUAUACAUAGGGACCUGGCUGCAAGGAACUGCUUGGUAGGUGAAAGCAACAUUUUGAAAAUAAGCGAUUUUGGGAUGUCCCGACAAGAGGAUGAUGGCGUGUACUCAUCAUCAGGCCUAAAGCAGAUUCCAAUCAAGUGGACUGCUCCAGAAGCUCUGAACUAUGGGAGAUACACAUCUGAGAGUGAUGUAUGGAGCUUUGGAAUACUUUUGUGGGAGACUUUCAGUUUAGGAGUAUGCCCGUACCCUGGAAUGACCAACCAACAAGCACGAGAGCAAGUUGAAAAAGGCUACCGAAUGUCUGUACCACAAAAAUGUCCAGAAGAAAUAUAUAAAAUAAUGCAGAGAUGCUGGGACUACAAGCCUGAAAACCGGCCAAAAUUCAGUGAGAUUCAGAAAGAGUUGUCUUCAAUCAAAAAGAAAGUGACAUAG